AUGAAAUAUAUCGAUGGUAACUUAUUUCUAAGUAGGUUUGUCCUCAAGUUGGUUUCUCGGAUCAUUGAUCCUUGGCCCCAUACAUAA